CGUUUAAAGUUGUGACGACGGUUUCCUGAGCAAUCUUUUUUAUUAUCAUUCUAUUUUUUUCUCCGUUUCCUGAUCUUGUUUUUUAUUUAUUUAUUGAGAGACAACUGACGCCACAGCACCCGGUGAAGACAGUCGCAUUCUGGACACAGCGGCGGUCAACAUGAAGUUAAGUGAGAGAUUCCAUGUGGGCUUGGACUUCUUUGAGUUUUUACGGGGGACUAAUCGAUCAACGCUCACUGAUAGAAAUGAACUGGGGGACGUUUACAACUUCGAGUUCAGAAACAGGGAUUCUAGAACCAAAGACCCGAACUUCAGUUCGGUUCUCUACGCCUUGAAAAUCAGCGGUAGAAUAAGAAUAAGAAAAAACAACAUCCGCUUCUAUGCCAAGGUCACAGGUCUUCAUAUCGACCAGUGGUACUCACCCAGAGAAUAUUAUCCACGAUCCACCCGUAACGCUGUGACCAGAAAUGGGCCGGUAUGGAGUCCGGAGACGGGUGUACGCGAUCGGAGGAAACUGGCCAGUCUGCUGAUGAAGCGGCUGAAAAAAGAAAGGGGCAACUUCAUCUCCAACAAGCACGGCGUCACCGUUACCGCCGAUCCCGACUUCAACAACGGCAAGCUGGAUCUGUGUGUGGAGAACACGUACGAGUACACGGUGGUCCUGAAAGUGAAGAACAGCGGCCCGGACGUGGUGUACUUCACGUACUACACACCACUGCAGUGGCUCAAGUACUUCACAGUAUCAGACGAGCUGAAGGUCACCAAGGCGAACCCUCUGACCCUCCAACCAGGACACAGCUAUGACAUCACCGGUCACUUUCGCUGCGAUCUGAUUGGCUACUAUCCCACAACCUUGGCCUUUGAAUUCAAACCAGACCUGGAGCCGUCCACUCCUGCCUUCCAUAUCGUACGCUUUAUCGCUGCCAGGUGUAUAUCUUCCCUGGGAAUGGAACUGGCACCCACCGCCCCAUUCACGCCCCGUUGCCUCCCCGCGCGGACUCCCGAGAUUGACUGCACCAUUGUGGACGGGCAGCGCCCUGAGGGGAUGUCGGUGGUGAGGCUCGAAAUGAAGGUUCCACUGCACAACUACAACGUCCCAUCAUACAUCAACCAGCUGGUGGAGACACUGAGGAAGCCCGGGUCUGGUCGCGACAUUAGGCGGGGCAUCCUGGAGAGUCCGCUGUGUUGGCAGAACUACGCCGAAAAGUUCAAGUUGAUGCUGUAUCUGGAGGAGCUCCAGAUGAAGGUGGACAUCCGUAGGUACAACAUCCCCAACAGAGAGACCACGGAACCCAUCCCGAUGUUCAGAGACAAAUUCAACAAGAAGCUUCUCGUCCUGGAGGUCGCCGGUGUUUCCGAGAACCGUCCGUCUGUGCUGAGAGGAGAUCAACUGCUGGUUCGUCGCGAAGGAGAAACGGACGUCAAAUACCGCGGCUACGUCCACAGCGUGGAGCUGAACAGCGUCAAACUGGGCUUCAGCUCAGAGUUGCUCAGUGGCUUCGUGGACGGCAUGAGGUUCAGCGUGGAGUUCGUCUUCAAUCGGCUGAUCCUGCGUCUGCAGCAUCGAGCGGCCGAGAUGGCGGUGAAGCACGGACUGAAGAGGGUGCUGUUUCCUGCGGAGGACUCUGUGCCCGCCAGCAGCGUGGAGCUGCCCGACCUCACAUUAUGCGAUCGAAAACUGCAGGACAACACGGAACAGUACCAAGCGGUCCAGCACAUAGUAGCGGGCUCAUCCAAACCUGCACCCUACCUGGUCUUUGGCCCACCUGGUACAGGUAAAACGGUGACUCUCGUCGAAGCCAUCAAGCAGAUCGAGAAGACGCAGACCUCCUGCCGGAUCUUGGCCUGCGCGCCGUCCAACAGCGCUGCCGAUCUGCUCUGCGACAAGAUCUUGGACCAUGUCGAUCAGCGCAAAGUGUACCGCAUGUACGCCUCUAGCCGGGACCCAAAGACGGUCCCCGAGAAGCUCAAGCCUUGCUCCAACCUGGUUGGCGACUGUUACGUAUACCCUCCCAAAGACGAUUUACUGGAGUACAGGGUGAUGGUCACCACCCUGUUGACCGCUGGAAGGCUGGUGACAGGAGGAAUUCCCGCGGGACAUUACACCCAUGUCUUUGUAGACGAGGCGGGCCACGCCGUCGAGGUGGAGUGUUUAGUGCCGUUGGCAGGACUGCUGGAUGCGCAGACUGGACAGGUCGUUCUGGCCGGAGACCCCAAGCAGCUAGGACCGAUUCUGCGAUCCCCCUUCGCUCUGAAGUACGGCAUGGGGGUCUCGCUGUUGGAGCGAAUGAUGACGAACUUCCCUCUGUACCAGAAACGCGAGGGUGCAUUUGACAAUUGCUUCGUCACCAAACUGCUGCGGAACUACAGGUCCCAUCCUGCCAUACUGAAGGUUCCCAACGAGCUCUUUUAUGAUGGCGAGCUCCUGUGUCACGCCGAUCCGGUUCUAAGCCACUCCUACUGCGGAUGGGAGUACCUGCCCCCGGCGGCAAAGCUCAAGAAUUUCCCGCUGAUCUUCCACGGGGUGACGGGCCUGGAGGAGCGCGAGGCCACUAGCCCCUCCUUCUUCAACAGGACGGAGGUGGAGGUGCUGAUGGACUACGUGAAGAAGCUGCUGCAGACGCACAGCAAGAAGGGCCGCGCAACCAUCGCGCCCAAGGACAUCGGCAUCAUCGCCCCCUACAGGAAACAGGUGCAGAAGAUCCGUCAGGCCCUGAAUAAACUGGAGAAGGAUCUCAAGUGGAAGACGAUGAGCUCGCUGAAGGUUGGCUCAGUGGAGGAGUUCCAGGGUCAGGAGCGAAGGGUCAUCUUGGUGUCCGCCGUCCGCAGCAGCCCAGAAUACGCUGACUUCGACAGGGACUUCAACCUGGGCUUCGUCAAGAACGACAAGAGAUUCAACGUGGCCUUGACCAGAGCCAAAGCCCUGCUGAUUGUGGUGGGAAACCCCACUGUGCUGAACACAGACCCUACCUGGGCUCACUUCAUCAAGUACUGCAGCGACAGCGGAGGCUACGGCGGCUUCCGGCCCGACAGCAUCGUCACGGAGGACGUGGAGGGCCUGGUGGAGAGGCUAGCUUGCCUCUGCGUAGACAUGAGAGUCACAGAGACAGCAGAGAGCGCUGUUCAGCAGCACAUAGACCCUCAGUGGAGGAGCGACCUCUGAGAGAAGACGUCCAUCCUUGGUCCCCCAACCACCGCACCACGAUGGUGUAAAAAGAAAUUGGCGUUAGCCAUAGAUGGUAUUUAAAAAAAAAAAACAUAAAUUUUUUUUUUUUUAAGAAUUUAAUUCACAUCUCCCACAGACUGGUACUUGUGCAACCCAGUCCACAAACUGGGUCUCACCCAGACUGAGCAUCAAGUCACCGUCCUGCUGUUUUCACUGAAAUCACUGAUCCAGAAAAUAUAAAUAAAAAAAAAAUUGUGGUCAUCAAACGUCAAGUCGAUAAUUAUAAAAGGUGAAGGCUUUUCUCAGGUACUGUUCAAUCGUCAGUUGAGCCACAUGCUGAACCACAUUAUAUUUUUACAGAUAUGUACUGUUAAUUCCCAGGAUUUUUAAAAUGUGAUUUUAUUUUUUUUCCUUUCAAAUGUAAUAAUAAUGUGAUGAAAAGUUUCCCGCUGCAACAAUUUCUCAAUAAACAACUUUUUAUCUCA